AAAACGAAAAAUCAAUCGCAUCUCGACGUUGCCGCGUUGCCUAGGCGACGGGUAAACAGCCGCCGGGCUCGGAGAGCGAUGGACGCCUUGUUCUGUUGCUUCUUCGGAUAGUGAUUAUACGAGUUGUUGGUGCUUCGUAUUGUUGACUGAUAACGGAAUGGCUGAGGAGGCGGCGGCGGCCACUGGAGCAGGGGCAGAGAAAGUGAUACAUACAUACCCGCUAAUAAGGCACUCGGACAUGCCUGAGGAGAUGCGGACAGAAGCGAUGGAGCUGUCGGUGACGGCUUGCGAGAAGUUCUCGCAGAACAACGAGCUGGCGGCGCGCCUCGUGAAGGAGUCCUUGGACAAGAAGUUCGGGCCGGCGUUCCACGUGGUGAUCGGCGAGAGCUACGGCUUCGAGAUCACCUACGAGUCCAGCACCAUAUGCUACAUGUACUUCGGAGGGAACCAGGCUGUGUGUAUUUGGAAGUGUUCGUGAUGUGGAUGCCGGCCAUGUUGCCAGGUGUUGAGAACAGUUCGUGUCGGAUGAUGUAACAUUAGUGGCUUUGUGUUACACUGUACAUUAAUAUCUCCAAAAUAUGAAUGAAUGUAUUUUUUUAAAUAGUACCUAAUUACUAGCCCUCGAGAUUUUUCGUUAAGCCGUUUUUGAGAUAGAGAGCGUGCAAUGACAAACUUGUAAUUAAAAUAAAAACACAGUGUAUACACUGAUUUAUUGAAAAAAUAUCACUGUACUGAAUCAUUAACGAUUUUUUAAUACAUAGAUAGAUUGCAGCAAUUAAAAAUUCGUAGUUCGGUGCAUUUGCAACGCUUGACAAUCUGUCAAUUACUAUCUGUAAGUAGAUACUUAUAUAAAACAUAAAAAAAUAAAUGAUAGUUUUUAUGUUUAACAGUUUGCUUAUGCACGCUAUAUUCAGGAAUUGCUUUACCGAUGUUUUCACUGAUGUAUUGUGUGCAAGGUCUGCGUAACACUUGCUGUUCAAAACGCAAAAAACAGACACGGGCGCCCCCUAUAGACCAUUCUAUAGACUUACAAUAUAAGUUCAAAGACAAAGUUCAAGAGAAAAAGGUCUGACGGAGAUCCAGCAGGAUAGGAAAGGAUAUGAAUCUAUUGAAUAUUAUUAUUUUGAUUUACAAUUCGUAAUCACUUCUUACUAAUUAGAAUUUUAACUAGCUAACACACAUAUUGACAAAUUAAACUUGGUCACGCAAUAACGGCCUUUCAGUUCUUCUAUACGCUGUUAUAUUCUAAGUUUAUGGUCGAUUCCAUUUCUAUUGACAUUAAAGGUGCAUUGAUCUCUGCAACGCUCUAUUAUACAACGACUUAAUUAAUACUUUAAGAUAGGUACCUUCAUUCGUAUUCUCCUACAAAUCUGACACAGGCGACAGCCAGGUGUGCGUCACAAUUGGACUGCCCGUCAUCUUUAUCUGAAGCGCUUGUAUGUUAAUUAUGUUUCAGAGUACCUAAUUCGUCUCUUGUUUUUAUGUUCUUAAAUCUGUUGAGGUUCAACUAUCUAAAGUUUCUAUAAGAAGGUUGAUCCUUCAAAUGGGCAAAUAUAAUAUAUGGCAGGAGUUAAAUUUAGUGCCGAAAUGGAAAAGUGAUAUUAUGUGCAAACCAUUUUUACGGAAAAAAUCCUCCAUGAUGAGAGAAAACCUAAUUUAAGCGUCGGUAGCACAAAAGUUUUGACUCCCAACGUUCGAUCCUCGCCCGCCAUUUACGAAUGUGUCAACGGUUUUGAACUACACGGGCGGCGUAGCUCUUGUGAUGCCUCUAGUGUUAGGAAGUAAGAAUGGGCUGCGGUGUAUAAAAUACUAUCAGUAGUGUAUUAUUAGCAAUUAUCAAUCUUCCUUAAAGGCCGGCAACGCUUCUGUGAUUCCUCUGGUGUUGCAAGAGAGUAUGAGCGGCGGUGAUCACUUAACAACAGGUGACCCGUACGCUCGUUUGUCCUCCUAUUCCAUAAAAAAAAAAUCAGAUAUUAUUAUAUUUGUUGCAGACAAAUUGAAAAUUCUUUUUUAAAUACAUUUUGAAUUAAUAGUUACCUCGGUAACACUCCAAUCGAUUAGUGCUGAUAAUGAUAAUGAAAAUAAUUAACGGCAUAAAAUAAAUAGCGUGUAUUUACAAGUGUGCCUUAUUGUUUGUAACCUCUGGUAAAAUGGCCGACAUGUCAAGUUUAAUACCAAUUGAAAUGGUAUAGAAUAUAUUGUAGAAUAUACCUAAGUUUUUUUUUAUAAAGCGUGGUUUGUGUAUGGGCGAUGUAUAUACUAAUUACUAACUAAUAUUAUCUGUACUAUAAAAUAAUACAUUUUACAAUUAUUUAUCUGUAAAACAA